AUCUAACUGUGUGGGAGGGCGGUCCAUGAUGAUGAGCCUGCUAGCAGCCCUCGAGCAGGCUAGUUGUGUUGAGCUAGCGCGCUACCAAACUGUGUACUGUGUUUUCGGAACAGCACGAUGAAGAACAUCAUGAAGUAUUAUAGACUUAUUUUACUACAACAUAUUUACAACAUCACGGAUUGCUAGGGGCGUUUUUCUACACUAGAACGGGUCUGUCACGACCCCCCAGUAUCCCCGUAUGGAUGGACUAACAUUAGGGCUAGCACCUCUGCUUGAGACUUCCCGAGCGGGCACGAAUGGGAUUCAUCCGACUAGCAGCUGCUAAUAGCUGUGCUGGCUGACUAGCUUCCCAGCUAACCGCUAAUCUGACAGAGUUGAUUGACAUUACUCCUCUGAUAAUUACCAGGCUCUGAAAAGAGCGGAUUUGCUGGCACAGCCAUGCCUCCCAGGCCCUCCUCAGGAGAGCUAUGGGGGAUGCACUUGAUGCCCCCCAGCAUCCUAGUAGACUGCCUUCUGCCAAAUGGCAUGAUUCUCACGUUGGAGUGCCUCCGGGAGGCCACACUGAUCACAGUCAAGCAUGAGCUUUUCAAAGAGGCCAGGAAGUACCCUCUUUACCAUCUGCUGCAGGAGGAGAGCUCCUACAUCUUUGUCAGUGUUACUCAGGAGGCAGAGCGGGAGGAGUUUUACGACGAGACAAGGAGGUUGUGCGAUCUCAGGCUCUUUCAGGCCUUUCUCAAAGUCAUUGAGCCAGUAGGCAACAGAGAAGAGAAAAUUCUCAACAGAGAGAUAGGUUUUGCUAUUGGAAUGCCUAUAUGUGAGUUUGAUUUGGUGAAAGACUCAGAAGUACAGGACUUCAGAAGGAACAUUUUAAAUGUUUGCAAAGAGGCUGUGGACCUCAGAGACAGUAAUGGACCCCACAGUAGAGCUUUGUAUGUAUAUCCUCCCAAUGUAGAAUCCUCUGCAGAACUUCCCAGGCACAUCUAUAACAAGCUAGAUAAAGGUCAAAUCAUUGUGGUCAUAUGGGUUAUUGUGUCACCCAGCAAUGACAAGCAGAAGUAUACCCUGAAGAUCAACCAUGACUGUGUGCCAGAGCAGGUGAUUGCCGAAGCCAUCCGUAAGAAGACACGUAGCAUGCUGCUCUCCCAGGAACAGUUGAAGAUGUGUGUGCAGGAGUAUCAAGGAAAGUACAUCCUCAAAGUCUGUGGCUGUGAUGAGUACUUACUGGAGAAAUACCCUCUGAGUCAGUACAAGUACGUGCGCAGCUGUAUCAUGCUGGGACGGAUGCCCAACUUGAUGCUAAUGGCAAAAGACAGCCUGUAUUCACAGCUGCCCAUGGACAACUUCACCAUGCCAUCUUAUGCAAGGCGAAUAUCCACAGCAACGCCCUACAUGAAUGGGGAAACAGCCACCAAGUCUCUAUGGACUAUCAAUGGAACGCUGAGGAUCAGGAUACUGUGCGCCACUUACGUCAAUGUCAACAUCAGAGACAUUGACAAGAUCUAUGUCAGGACUGGGAUAUACCACGGUGGAGAGCAGUUGUGUGACAAUGUCAACACCCAGCGUGUGCCUUGCUCGAACCCCAGGUGGAACGAGUGGCUCACCUACGACAUGUACAUUCUAGACAUCCCCCGUGCUGCCCGACUCUGUCUCUCCAUCUGCUCUGUGAAAGGAAGGAAGGGAGCUAAGGAGGAGCACUGUCCCCUCGCCUGGGGCAACAUCAACCUGUUUGACUACACCCACACACUAGUGGCAGGAAAGAUGGCUCUCAACCUGUGGCCUGUCCCACAUGGCCUAGAAGACCUGCUCAACCCUAUCGGUGUCACAGGCUCCAACCCAAACAAGGAAACACCUUGUCUCGAACUGGAGUUUGACCAUUUCAGUUGCCCUGUCAAGUUCCCCGAUAUGACCACCAUUGAAGACCAUGCAAACUGGAAUAUAUCCAGAGAGCUUGGCUUUAAUUACUGCCACACUGGUUUGAGUAACAGACUGGCACGUGACAAUCCCCUGACUGACAGUGACAGUGAGCAGCUACGCCAGGUGUGUAACAGAGACCCGCUAUCUGAAAUCACUGAGCAGGAGAAAGACUUUCUAUGGAGGCACAGACAUGACUGCCACAAUAUGCCAGAGAUCCUUCCCAAGAUCCUCCUGGCUGUGAAAUGGAACUCCAGAGAUGAGAUUGCACAGAUGUAUUGCCUUCUGAAGGAGUGGCCUGCCAUCAAGCCAGAACAAGCCAUGGAGUUGCUGGACUGUAACUUCCCCGAUCCAAUGAUAAGAGAGUUUGCCGUAAAGUGCCUUGAGAAAUACCUAACCGAUGACAAACUCUCACAGUACCUCAUUCAGCUGGUUCAGGUUCUAAAGUAUGAGCAGUACCUUGAUAACCCACUUGCACGCUUCCUGCUGAAAAAGGCAUUAACCAAUCAAAGGAUAGGGCAUUUCUUCUUCUGGCACUUAAAGUCAGAGAUGCACAACAAGACAGUGAGCCAGCGGUUUGGCCUGCUGCUGGAGUCAUACUGCCGGGCCUGUGGCAUGUAUCUGAAGCACCUGAGCAGACAGGUGGAGGCCAUGGAGAAACUCAUCAAUCUCACUGACCUCCUCAAACAGGAGAAAAAAGAUGAGGCACAGAAGGUUCAAAUGAAGUUUCUGGUGGAGCAGAUGAGGAGGCCUGAUUACAUGGACGCCCUGCAGAGUUUCACUUCCCCACUGAAUCCAGCACAUCAGCUGGGAAACCUCCGCCUGGAGGAAUGCAGGAUGAUGUCAUCAGCCAAGCGACCUCUAUGGCUUAACUGGGAAAACCCAGAUAUGAUGUCAGAGCUGCUCUUUCAGAACAAUGAAAUCAUCUUCAAAAAUGGAGAUGAUCUUAGGCAGGACAUGCUGACGCUGCAGAUCAUUAGGAUAAUGGAGAACAUAUGGCAGAACCAAGGCCUUGAUCUCAGGAUGCUUCCGUAUGGCUGUCUGUCGAUCGGUGACUGUGUGGGUUUGAUUGAGGUAGUGAGGAACUCUCACACAAUCAUGCAAAUCCAGUGUAAAGGAGGCCUAAAGGGGGCACUGCAGUUCAACAGCCACACGUUGCAUCAGUGGCUCAAGGAUAAGAACAAGGGAGAGAUGUAUGAUCAGGCAAUAGAUCUGUUCACACGGUCGUGUGCAGGCUACUGUGUAGCCACAUUUAUCCUGGGCAUAGGGGACAGACACAAUAGCAACAUUAUGGUCAAAGAUGAUGGACAGCUGUUCCAUAUAGAUUUUGGCCAUUUCCUUGACCACAAAAAGAAGAAGUUUGGGUACAAGAGAGAGCGCGUGCCCUUUGUGCUCACGCAGGACUUUCUGAUUGUUAUUAGCAAAGGAACUCAAGAGUGCACCAAAACAAGGGAGUUUGAAAGGUUCCAGGAGAUGUGUUACAAGGCGUACCUCGCAAUCCGGCAGCAUGCCAACCUCUUCAUCAACCUCUUCUCCAUGAUGCUGGGCUCAGGGAUGCCCGAGCUGCAGUCAUUUGACGACAUUGCUUACAUCAGAAAGACCCUGGCCUUAGACAAGUCGGAGCAGGAAGCCCUGGACUACUUCAUGAAGCAGAUGAACGAUGCUCACCAUGGCGGCUGGACUACCAAGAUGGACUGGAUCUUUCACACAAUCCGCCAGCACGCCAUGAACUGAAAUGACAGCCAAAAACAAGAGGGGAGUAAAGGAGUGUGGCAACAGCCGCACACUAGGAACCAAAAGAAUGCCGAGAACGGAGCGAGGUAUUUUCCCCAAACACAUUAGGGCUUGGUUAAUACUUUUGCCAGCUUGUGACUCUGAAACAUCACCUGCUAGUGUGCCACUCAGUAAGGCUGCUGAGAAGGGCAUGUUUCAGAGACAUGAUGCCUAAAUUCUCCUGUUUUUACAGGUUUCUGAAUUUCUUCUCCCUGCACUAUGAACUUAAGAAGGCAGGGUGGAGUUCUAGUUCCCCGGUUUUCUUCAUAGGAACUAAGCAAGUGUAAUGGACCUCAACAAUGUUAGCCUUCUUCAUGUGAAAAAAACUAUGGACAAAUUUUUAUUUGUCUUCUUUAUAUUUGUUUUUUUUUUUUGGUUAAUUUCCUUCUACAUCAUCAGCAUUAAGAAAAGAACAUCACCAUGUUCAUCACCAUGAGCACAACUGGCUUUUUUCUAAUGAUGAACUGACAGAGUAUAACUGCAUUAUUUCCACUACCUAUUUUGAACUGAUGAAGAUGGCGGAGAUGGCGAUGUAGCUGAGACAACAUAAAUGGGACAAUGAGAGGCCUGGUGGAUGCGCACAAAAUCUCGAUUAUUCCCUAACGGUUAAAAAAAACCAAAAAAACCAAUCACCAACACUCUUCAUAAAAGACGGACAGUGGAUGUGUUGUUUAACACUUAGCUAGCAUUUAAUUCUAUUGGGACAGCUGAACUAGCAACUUAUUUCUAGCCUACAGAAGACGCAUCCUCAAUUUAGAACUCACGUCAAGCCAGAUAACUGACUUUUUGUACAGCAGUAUAUCCACAGACUUAUAUGCAUUCAGUGCACAUAUUCCUUUUUCAGUCUGUUUUCUACUGAGCCAAAGUAAUAGAUGCGUAUCCCCACUACUCAGCAGUCUUAUUUGUAUAAAAAAAAAAUCACUACUAUUCCAAGUCUCGUGUGUACUCAUAGCACUGAUCUCUGCAGUAUUUGUUUUGUUUUAUCUAUCAGUAUUAUUCUGUCAGAUGUUGACACAAUGUCCAUCAUCCACCCCAUGCUGUUGACUGGAGAAACACCUUCCUGAUGGUUAGCUGUAUAACAUGUUAUCAGCUCGUCUUUUAGUAUUAGGCUGAUAAAGGGGAAGAAUGCAGGGGAAGAGGAUGUGCAGUGUUCUAUUUGUGUGCUGUGCUGUUACUCUAUGCAAUUUGUGAUCCUACUAUGUACUGUAUACUGCAAAAAAGUUGAUGUCAGAGUAAAGCAGAGAGAGAAAUGCAUCUCCCACAACAUCCUAACACACAGUCAGUUGACUUUGUACAGUCAGUACAUGAAAGAAAAAAAAUGCUGCACUGCAACAUAAUCAGUCCACUUCUUCCCAACAAAAACAACUGUGAGAAACCUUUGGACCCUUUUUCUCCUUAAUAGGUUUGUAUUUGGAGCUUCAAUCUAAGCCUUCCCAUGAAAUGUUUGAGCUGUUGAGUUUUGUACCUUUGUGCUUGUUCUCGAUCACAUGUACGACAGAUACUUUAAGACUUCCUCCCUCCAUACAUUUGCCAAACGCUCCCAGAUUGUGACAUUCAGGUGAAGAAAAAGUAACCGAAGUGAUUUUUUUUGUGACUUUCCAAGUGUCUUUUUUUCCCUCCUCUUUCCUGUGAUUGUCACCCUUAUGUCGUCCUGGCAGGAUUGCUCACUGCACAGACACAUACGUGGUCAAUAAAUGUUCUAGCUUUACCAAAUGAUACACAGUGGGGUGGUUUCCUGGACACUCAAGACUGUCUGAAAGUCCAAGUUUUGUUUUCUGUACGUGGGUGAGGACUUAAAGAUGCUCAGGAAACCGAUCCUACUGGGAUGCAUGUGCUUCUGUACAGGCUACAGAGCGUGGGCUGGUCCCAAACUAAGAAAACUAGACCCCAAACACUUCUUGGAAGAACUCUAUAAUUGAUACUUUUUCCCUUUGUACCUGUUCUGGCUGUUUUCUGUUUCUCACACUGCAUUAUGCAUGAGGUCCUUGAAUAUAUGCUUUUUUUUGUUUGUUUGUUUGACCUGAUGUUGUUUACUUGAAUUUCAUGUAUAGAAAUGACCUUGUUACUUGUGUGAGGUACAACAAAGUCUCAAUGAAGGUAACAGAUAUUGAUAACUGCUACUACAUGUGCAAAUGAUUUCCUUGAAUAACUACAGAGGUAAUAUAUUUUUGUAUUUGUAAAUGUAAGCAAACUCAUAUAUGUAACUGCUAACCAAAAAAGGAGGAAUCAAGCAUAACAUGCACCAUCCUCAUGCUAAAGUAGACAGCUUCUAGUUGUUGAAAUGAUAUGAAUGACAAAGCAGAGGUGAAUUGUUGAAUGAAGGACAAGGAGUUGAUGCUGUUGUCAAAGUAUGAUUUUUGCGUCAAGUGGAGAUCUGUUGCCCUAAGUGGAAGUCUGUAAGCACAAUAAGGAAGAAGAAACUACCCUGCAUGUUUAAAAAGAACCAGACUCAUAUGUUAAUUAUCUAUUCAUCUGUAUAUAUAUCACAAAACCUUUACAAAUACUUGUUUUAGUCAUCUUCAUAUGAAAAUGUCUGAUUAAAAACUGUAUGCAUUCAUUUAUUGUACUGUUGAAUAAAAACAUUUCUCCCUAUGUAA